AUCUGCUUAUCCCUUUUCCUACUUACACACAGACACAAACAGGCUUCAACUGUGAGUGUAAAAGUCAGAAAAGCAGUAGUUAUGUAGGCCUACAAUAUUAAGUUUUCUUUAAAAGAGUAUCAAUUAAAGCUCUACUGAACAGAAUCAACAUGUCGGGGGCUCCUGAUCAUCACCCAUCACUCGGCUGUGACUGUCCCUUUAAGAAAAUGCACUUGCAGCCAUUUUCUGCUCUUUGUGUGGGGUGGUUUAGCACUAGGUAGGUACUGAGCGAAACUGGAGCAUCAGUCGGCACAGAAGGCAAGAAAAAAAUCCCCAGAACCACUGGAUCGCCGUCGCAGACCGCGACACUGUCCGCCAGUCUUUGUGUAUCACCGGACAGACAUGCAAUUUACAGACUGGGGUGUUGUGUGAGUGACACUUAGUUACCAUGACGACCCAUGUGACCCUGGAGGAUGCUCUUUCCAAUGUGGACCUGCUGGAGGAACUGCCCCUCCCCGACCAGCAGCCAUGCAUCGAACCCCCUCCCUCCUCUAUCAUGUACCAGGCUAAUUUUGACACCAACUUUGAAGACAGGAAUGCAUUUGUGACCGGCAUCGCCCGUUAUAUAGAACAAGCCACAGUCCACUCCAGCAUGAAUGAGAUGCUUGAGGAAGGACAUGAGUAUGCUGUAAUGCUUUACACUUGGAGAAGCUGCUCUAGAGCCAUUCCUCAGGUGAAAUGCAACGAGCAGCCCAACAGAGUAGAGAUCUAUGAGAAAACAGUGGAGGUGUUAGAACCCGAAGUGACAAAGCUCAUGAAGUUCAUGUACUUCCAGCGGAAAGCCAUAGAACGAUUCUGUAGCGAAGUGAAGCGCCUGUGCCAUGCCGAAAGAAGGAAGGACUUUGUAUCCGAGGCCUAUCUGCUCACUCUGGGAAAAUUCAUCAACAUGUUUGCAGUGCUGGACGAACUGAAGAACAUGAAGUGUAGCGUCAAGAAUGACCACUCUGCCUACAAAAGGGCAGCUCAGUUCCUGAGGAAGAUGGCCGACCCUCAGUCCAUUCAGGAGUCCCAGAAUCUUUCCAUGUUUUUAGCCAACCACAACAGGAUCACUCAGUGCCUGCACCAACAGUUGGAGGUGAUACCUGGCUACGAGGAACUUUUGGCCGACAUCGUCAACAUCUGUGUAGACUAUUAUGAGAACAAGAUGUAUUUGACACCCAGUGAGAAACACAUGCUGCUUAAGGUGAUGGGUUUUGGUCUGUACCUGAUGGACGGGAACGUGAGUAAUAUCUACAAACUAGAUGCCAAAAAGAGGAUCAACCUGAGCAAAAUUGACAAGUUCUUCAAACUUCAAGUUGUGCCGCUCUUUGGAGAUAUGCAGAUAGAACUGUCACGUUACAUUGAGACAAGCGCUCACUACGAAGAAAACAAAUCCAAGUGGACGUGCACCCAGAGCAGCAUCUCGCCGCAGUACAACCUGUGUGAGCAGAUGGUGCAGAUAAGGGAGGACCACAUCCGUUUCAUUUCUGAGCUGGCGCGCUACAGCAACAGCGAAGUGGUGACGGGCUCAGGCCUGGACAGCCAGAAGUCUGACGAGGAGUACAGGGAGCUGUUUGACCUGGCUUUGAGGGGUCUGCAGCUGCUGUCCAAGUGGAGCACGCACGUCAUGGAAGUUUACUCGUGGAAGCUGGUACAUCCCACGGAUAAAUUCUGUAACAAGGACUGUCCAGGCACAGCGGAGGAGUACGAACGGGCCACGCGUUACAAUUACACCAGUGAGGAGAAAUUUGCCCUGGUGGAGGUCAUCGCCAUGAUCAAAGGGCUGCAGGUUCUGAUGGGCCGAAUGGAAUCAGUGUUUAACCAGGCCAUCAGGAACACCAUCUACGCAGCGCUGCAGGACUUUGCCCAAAUGACCCUCAGAGAGCCUCUGCGCCAGGCUGUGCGCAAGAAGAAGAACGUCCUCAUUAGCGUUCUCCAGGCCAUUCGAAAGACCGUCUGUGACUGGGAGGGGGCGAGGGAGCCUCCUAAUGACCCCUGUCUGAGGGGAGAGAAGGACCCAAAAGGUGGAUUUGACAUCAAAGUGCCCCGCAGGGCUGUAGGACCCUCGAGCACACAGCUGUACAUGGUGCGCACUAUGCUGGAAUCACUGAUUGCAGACAAGAGUGGGUCUAAGAAGACUCUCCGCAGCAGUCUGGAUGGACCCAUAGUGGUGGCCAUAGAAGACUUCCACAAACAGUCCUUCUUCUUCACGCACCUGCUCAACUUUAGCGAGGCCCUGCAGCAGUGCUGUGACCUGUCCCAGCUGUGGUUCAGAGAGUUCUUCCUGGAGCUGACCAUGGGCCGCAGAAUCCAGUUCCCAAUCGAGAUGUCCAUGCCCUGGAUCCUCACCGACCACAUCCUGGAGACCAAGGAGCCCUCCAUGAUGGAAUAUGUGCUGUAUCCUCUGGACUUGUAUAAUGACAGCGGCUACUACGCUCUCACAAAGUUCAAGAAACAGUUCCUCUAUGAUGAAAUCGAGGCAGAGGUGAACCUCUGCUUUGACCAGUUUGUCUAUAAGUUAGCAGAUCAGAUAUUUGCCUACUACAAAGCAAUGGCUGGAAGUGUUCUCCUAGACAAGCGCUUCAGAGCAGAGUGUAAAAACUAUGGCGUGAUCAUCCCUUACCCACCAUCGAACCGCUACGAGACCCUGCUUAAACAGAGACAUGUUCAGCUGCUAGGUCGCUCUAUUGACCUCAACCGUCUGAUCACCCAGAGGAUCUCAGCAGCGAUGUACAAGUCUCUGGACCAUGCCAUCAGCCGCUUUGAGAGCGAGGACCUCACUUCCAUAGUGGAACUGGAGUGGCUGCUGGAGAUCAACAGACUAACCCACCGACUCCUGUCCAAGCACAUGACUCUGGACAGCUUUGACGCCAUGUUCCGCGAGGCCAAUCACAACGUCUCUGCUCCCUAUGGACGAAUCACACUUCACGUCUUCUGGGAGCUCAACUUUGAUUUCCUCCCCAACUAUUGCUACAAUGGAUCCACAAACCGCUUUGUACGUACAGCCAUUCCCUUCACCCAAGAGCCUCAAAGAGACAAGCCAGCCAAUGUGCAGCCUUACUACCUGUAUGGGUCCAAGCCUCUGAACAUUGCCUACUCCCACAUAUAUAGCUCCUACAGAAACUUUGUUGGCCCGCCUCACUUCAAGACCAUCUGCCGUCUCCUUGGUUACCAAGGAAUUGCUGUAGUGAUGGAAGAGCUGCUUAAGAUAGUCAAGAGCCUGUUACAGGGCACCAUCUUGCAGUAUGUAAAGACACUGAUAGAAGUCAUGCCCAAGAUCUGCCGCCUACCCCGCCACGAAUACGGCUCCCCAGGUAUCCUGGAGUUCUUCCACCAUCAGCUCAAGGAUAUCAUUGAGUAUGCUGAGCUGAAGACGGAUGUCUUCCAGAGCUUAAGGGAAGUGGGAAAUGCCAUUCUCUUCUGCCUGCUCAUCGAGCAAGCUCUGGUGUCCCAGGAAGAAGUGUGCGACCUGCUUCAUGCCGCCCCCUUUCAGAACAUUCUGCCCAGAGUCUACAUCAAAGAGGGAGAACGUCUGGAGGUGAGGAUGAAAAGGUUGGAAGCAAAGUAUGCCCCUCUCCACCUUGUGCCUCUGAUUGAGAGGUUGGGAACCCCACAGCAAAUUGCCAUUGCCCGUGAGGGAGACUUACUGACCAAAGAGCGUCUGUGCUGCGGCCUUUCCAUGUUUGAGGUCAUCCUGACACGCAUCCGUAGCUUCCUGCAGGAUGGGGUGUGGCGCGGGCCACCGCCCACCAAUGGUGUCAUGCACGUUGAUGAGUGUAUGGAGUUCCACCGUCUGUGGAGUGCCAUGCAGUUUGUCUACUGCAUCCCGGUGGGCACAAACGAGUUUACAGCUGAGCAGUGCUUUGGAGACGGGCUGAACUGGGCCGGCUGUGCCAUCAUUGUGCUGUUGGGCCAGCAGCGUCGUUUUGACCUCUUCGACUUCUGCUACCACUUGCUCAAAGUCCAAAGACAAGAUGGCAAGGAUGAGAUCAUCAAAAAUGUGCCCCUGAAGAAGAUGGCAGACCGCAUUAGGAAGUACCAGAUUCUCAACAAUGAGAUCUUUGCUAUCCUCAACAAGUACAUGAAGGCGGUGGAGACAGACAGUUCCACUGUGGAGCAUGUUCGCUGUUUCCAACCUCCUAUACAUCAGUCCCUGGCUACCACCUGUUGAAAAAAGACCCUUCACACAUAGUGCACACACACUCAAACACACACACACACACAUUCCCCAUAGCUGUGAUACUAAUUUUUGCCUCUUGCUGGUCUUGUAGAGGUAUACCUUACCACUAUGGCUUCACACUGGCUGUAGGAAUCCAAAGACAUAUCCUCUCAAACUGUUCCUUUCUCUGAAAUGUGACUUGUCUUUGGAUUCUUUAAACCCACAGAAGUGGACCAGAAAUGAGGUGGAGGUGUAUAUUCACCCCUUUAUUUUUUAUUUUGCUACCUGUGUGGCCCGUACUCAGACUCAUGCAUGCCCUCUCUUGUUCCUUCAGCUGCACACGUGGAUCCAUCCACUGACACAACUGCCAAAAAAAGUAUCUCUAUUCUCUAAUCUGGAGCUCUAUGGGUCCACUUGUUUGAAGUUACAUCUCUUCAAAGUUGUAAACACAUAGAAUUUGCGAUCAAAAGCUGAGAUAAAAGUAAAUCCAACAAGGUUUAAAUAAAAUGAAAAACAAAUGAAGUGAUCUACUACAGCUACUAACAGAAAUAGCACAGGUAUCAGUAUAUCUGUGCUAUCAUUACCCAUGUAUUAUGAGUCAGACCUGUUCAGAUCUUUAACUCAGUUGUAUAAUCAUAUGGUCUGCUGAUGUUCUUCAUACAUAGUGCCCAUCAUGAUGCAUUUAAAUACUUCAUUUCAAAGGAAUGAGUCCCACUUUUGAUUUUGCUCCUAUUUAUCUUACCCACAAUCAUUUUUUAUUUUUUGCCUUCCCCGGACACAUUUUUAAUUGGUACCAGUUCCACUGUAAAUUUCACUGUUGAACAGAGUAAAGUGUGUUGUAAUUGUAAUUGUUCUUGUUUUUAAUGAUUAAUAUUUUAAUUUACACAUCCUUGGUAUACUUGCCUCUCUGUACUGACUGGAACCUCAUCUUUUCUCUUUUUUUGUCUGUUGGAAAGAUUUUUUAUAUUCUGUACAUGAUUACAGUGAUAUUAUUUACAGUUUGCAAAAGACACAUUUUCAGCCAGGUAAAUGUGUUUGCUUUUUCAAGACUAAAAACAAACAAACAAAAAAAAAUGAGUAGAAAAUACCUCUAGGUUGUAUAAAGACAGUGCUGUACUAGAUUAACCUGGUUUGAGUGUGAAUGGGUGAUUUUGAUUUUGCAGGCAAAACAUCAUAACUAAAAUGUCAGUUAUAUUAAAGGGCAGUUUCCUAAAUAUAGUCAGUAUUUACUAUUGUUGGAGCUUUGCUUUAGAUUUAGCAGUGUUAACAGAAUAUGCAAAAAUUGUCCCCAUUUUUUUCAUAUGAAGGAGAACAAAUGAUUAAGUAACCCUCUUCAAAUAGCCCUGUGAUCUUUUUCUGCUCUGUUUUCAAUUGAGUAAUUUUCUUUUGUAACUCCAGUGUCUUUUUAUCAUAUUUAUUCAACUCUGACUUUUGUUCUUUUAAAGGUUAAUCUAGUAAAAAUGAAGGUACCAAUGUAUCAUCUUGAAACCUUAGCAUGGCAAGUGUAAUUUAUUGUCAUCAAUGGCUCCAUUUGUGACAUGAGGCUUUGUUUAUGAUAUUGUUGUACAAGUGAUCAUGUUUUCAAGUACAAGAAAUGGAAAAAAAAGAGUAUAAAAUGAACAACAAUGGUCCUGCAGAGGAUUUGAAAUAAUGUUGUAUUUCCAUGAAAUAAAAAAUGUUUAACUGGAAAAACUGU